AUGGGUAGUUGCAAUUUCAAAGAAGAGAACGUUGAUCCUACUGUUAGUAUCUCAAAAACCCAUUUCCAAUUUCAAUACGUAAUCGGAAAAGGCGGUUUUGGGAAGGUUUGGAAAGUCGAAUUGAAAAAAACACACGAAAUUUUUGCUAUGAAAGAAAUGCUAAAGGCGCGAGUGCUUGCAAAAAAAAGCGUAAAUUCAGUAAUGAACGAGCGAAGACUCCUAUCAAUGCUUCAUCACCCUUUUAUAGUUAAUAUGCAUUAUGCAUUUCAAGAUAGAGAAAGCCUUUACUUAGUAAUGGAUCUCAUGCCAGGAGGAGAUCUCCGAUAUCAUUUAGGCCGUUGCAAAAGUUUUUCAGAAGAACAAACAAAAUUUUUUGUUGCAUGCAUUGUGUCAGGCCUGGAGUAUUUGCAUAGAAAUGGAAUUUUACACAGAGACAUCAAGCCUGAAAACUUAGUCAUUGAUGGAAAAGGCUAUGUGAGAAUUACAGAUUUUGGUAUCGCAAGAGUCUGGAAUCCAGAGAACGCCAAAGACACAAGUGGUACACCAGGGUAUAUGGCUCCUGAAGUGAUGUGCCGACAAAACCAUGGGGUUGCUGCAGAUUAUUUUGCAGUUGGAAUCAUUGCUUAUGAGUUUAUGAAUGGAAAAAGACCUUAUUUGGGAAGGUCAAGAAAAGAAAUUAGAGAUCAGAUUUUAGCUAAACAGAUACAAAUCAAAAAAAAUGAAGUUCCUGAAGGCUGGUCGGUAGAAGCUGCUGACUUUAUAAAUAGAGUAAGCCAUAUUUAGAUGAUACAAAGGAAACCUGUAAAUAGACUGGGACUUAACGGUCCAGAUGAAGUGAAAACUCACCCUUGGUUGAAAGAUUUUGAAUGGGAAAAACUUUUGGACCACUCUUUGGUGUCUCCUUUUAUUCCUGAUAAAAAUGAAGAUAAUUUUGAUAUGAGGCUGCACCUUUCCAAUGAUCCUUGGAAAGAUGCAGAAAAUGACGAAAUGCAAGAAAGUGCAGAACUGCUAAGAAAUAAUUCUACUCAAAAUUUAUUUGCGGGCUAUUUCUAUGAUAUAAAUCAGCAGCAAGGUAAUAAUUCUGAUGCUGCCACAACAAAAUAA